CAUCGAGUCCAAGGUAAACUUCUUCAGAAAAAUAGAAAUCUUCUGUACCCCUGUAAGGAUUUAACACUAUGAAUGUUGGUAAAAGGAUAAUCUGGUGGAGUGUAAAUUUAAGAGCAUCGUAUCUAACAAAUACGAAUCUCUAGUCGCUUGUUACAGCAAUCGUAUCGCAUCCACAGCCAUUCACAAGUGCUCGUAACACCAACGAUAAGCCGGGGAUCGUUAUCCGCUUGAUAUAGCUUCCGGAAACGUAUCGACACCGUUUCGACACACGGAAACACGAGUGAUCAAUGACAGCUACUAAGGGAGGUUUAACUUUCCAACGAGAGAACACGAGAAAUUUUCGAAUUUUUUGAAUCUAGUUGACUCUUUCAUUAUUCUAAUAUUUUUUUGCAAAUAAAAAUACCGCUGCAUUAGGGAUAAUUAUUUACCAACCCUUGUAGUUUGAUACACUACGGUCAUCAAGCGUUCAUUGGGGACAUGUCCCUCAUACCGCUGAACGCUCGACAGUAAUAGUAGAAGUAAUUUACUUUUUUAGUGGAUCGCUAAUUGCUGAGAAAAAUGUAGGUAAUAUAGGUACUGUCAAUCUUCAUAACGUUUCUGUUUCAAAUAACAGAAUUUUACAAGUUUUUAACGAGUUUCAGUAACGAUUUAGAUCAAUUAAUUGUUGUAAUUUGAUAUCGGGUAUUUAUAAUAUGGAAGAGUUGAUUUAAUUAAUAGCAUUUGCUAUAUAACUAGGAUAGUCUGUACAUCAAACUAACGCAUAACAUGUUAUCUGCAUUAUUAGUUAAGUUUAUUAAGCAAUUCCUUCAAAACGGCCACUAAAUUACACUUCACUAAUAACGUUUACAGCUUAACGACAGUCGAUGCAUUACAUAAUAUCGUUGUACCUUAAUGAGCUAUCGCUGGAACGUUGUUGUUAAUUUGCUGUUCAUGUAAUAUUCGGACGAGCGUGCGUUUAAAUCGGGUCCGCGUAAUUACAUGAAGUCAUGCAAUCUGGGAUACGCAAGCUGCUUCGCAGGAUUAUUUCCUUGGAAACCGUGUUCUGCCAUUCUCCGAUCGCUAAGCAGCAAAAUGAAGAACGAGCCAAAACUAUAAGUCGUUUCAAAAUAAAUAUACCCCGUUAAAAUUGCUAAAAUUCUAAUGAAAAACAUUCAAAUCAUCGACACGUAGGAUGUCCCCUCAGGAUUUUCAGUUAGUUACCCCUCUGUUAGUAAUUAGAAUAGAUCCAAGUCGUUAAAGGAAUCACUGAAAGUAUACUUAGGAGACCCGAUGUACAUGGGUGCAUCUUUUUUGAGAUAACCUGUAGAUUUAAAGGAUCCAAGAGCUCUCGAAGCCGGUUAAACUCGUCCUAGAUAAGCGAGCCUCGUUGUAACUGUCGAAACAAGAAACACAAUACGAAGGAAAUAAGCGAAAGAAAUCUAUGAACGUCCGUAGCAGUAUGCUGCAACUAUUAAGCGUUAAAUUAUUCUAGCGUCUUUCGUCUUAGAUAUGUACAACCAGGUACAGUGCUUAUUAUCUUCUUCCUCUUCGUUCAUUCUUUUCAUUCUGCUUUGAGAUUAUUUUUAGCGAGUCGAAAGCAACUGUUCUCGCAACUUCUCCAUAAUCAAAAGAACGAUACCUUUUAGAUCAGAAGGAAAAUUGGCUAUUUUCUACCACUGUCUUCUCUAAUACCUAGCAAAUAUCGUCCUCUAUCGAUGCACCAUCUCGAGCACUAUUAUCGCUUAUCUGGGAAAGUCAUCACAUACGUAAAACGUGUUCCAGUAUCCAAUUCCGGUACCAAUAAUAGCACUCGUAAUCGUCGAUUCGGGGCCAAUCGAUUUUCAAGAAGACAAGACACCAUCUCCGUUGCGAUCUUCCAGACCCACCCUUUUAUCCCUUUCUUCCCACAGUCCGCAAUUUUAUUCCAGUAACAACCGGGAGGGCCAGGCAUUCGUUUGUUGACCACCGACGAGGAAACGGACCAAAGAGUCCCUACUUAUUUUUAGAAGCCUCGGGCUGCUUCUCGAAAUCACCAACCUCCAAUUCGCCCACGACAUCGACGAGUGGGUGUCGAUGUAAGCAUCCUGCCGAAGACAAAGUGGUGGUGAAAAGGUUCGCAAAAGAUUAGAUGGUGGGAUGAAACGACGGAGAAAAAUAUUUCUAUGAAAAACUGCAAAAAACGAAGAGAACCGUCGUAUGAUUGGAAAUGUAGGAAAGGAUUGAAAACUAUAAACUCCUCCACCAAAUAACCGGUAUGCACGUAUCACCAAAAAUUCCGUAUUUUCGAAAUUCCAUAAACCCACUUGCAGCCGUACCAUCAUCCAAGCAUUGCACUUAAACACUCUCGACGUAAUACCAUUAAAUCAGCUGGAAAGUAGCUUUACGGCGACAAGAAACAUACACAUUCCGCUCAUCACUCGGCAGCCGUAAAACGAAGAAAUAAAUGGAUUCCCAAAGAUGAUCGUUCGGAAACAGGUUUCGUUCUAGCGAUCCCGAAAUCGUGCCCGUCGUUAUCCGCAAUCCGAUAAUUUCAGAGAGGAAUGCAGCCCGCUGCUUCAUCCUCAUUUCUGCCGAUGUGCUGUCCCGUUAUAUAUACCUUUGCCUUCUACCGUCAGAUGCACGCACGUAUUCAACUCAGACAGUGGAAAGCUGGUGUCGGACGCACAAGAAAUCCUUCCAGCCAGCUUCUGCACUUGCCGCACUUUUGGCGCCGACACUAAUUGCCGUACCUGCUGUAUACGGACAGCCGUCUCGUAAAAGCUUAGCCAGUUGAUCGUUCGGCCUUGCCGGAGUAAAAUACUCUCGAGAUAUACCCACCCUCCGUGCAACGGUUCACCGAAGACUGUCGUUCGCCUGUUUCGAGAGUGUUUCAUGGUGAAGUGCUCGUACCGACGAUGCUACGCUCCAACGGACGAUAAUUUUUCUCGAUUCCUUCGUCGAAAUUAUUUUUCGUCGACGCUGCGUGGUUUUUGUGUCAGACUGCCGAGGAGACGACUUAAUUAAUGGAGUUUCGGUGCUAAAUCGAGGUGAACGGUGCACGAAUGAACCCAGUUUGAAAUACAGUUAAAGUCAAUGGUCUCUCGAGUGUCGCGUCGGAGUGAAAAUAAAACAGCGACGACGUCCGGUUAUUUCGCAUGAGAAAAACCUCGAAUAGUCCGCGAGUUUGUCCCAGUGAUGACUCGUCGAACGACCAAACGAAGGCGAGAUAUCAGCCACGGGAAGCUGAAGAGUGGACCAGUCGGUCGAGAAUCGAUCGGUGAUUGAAGUGACGAAACGAGAUACGUUGACUAGACUGGUUCCGCUCGUUUAUUUCUACCGCAGGUGAAUUUACGUAAAGAUCAAUGUCGGCCACCAUUCGCCCCGUUCUCGUACUGUCGCUACUGAUGCUGUCGUUAUCGGCGGAAGCCGAGGAAAUGAUGGAUCCCUUUGUUCUGAUACGACAGACGCUAAAAUAUUGGCUGAAGAUCUACAAGAUAUACCACGAAGAGGUGGCUCUCGGUUACUGCUGGGCCGAGUAUUUUCUGCUGUUCGAAAAGAAUAUGAAGAAUGUGUCGCGCUCUGUAUCCCAGGAAUCUUCCAAUUCAGAGUUUGCCAGCCCAACCCUUUUAUCUCUUCGAAAGAACGACGUUCCAAGGGAUGAAUUUAAAGAAAGUCGAACAGAAGAUUACUGGAUGCUCGGUGGAUCGAUGGGCUCGUCUCGUAAAUUUUUAUCUCCGAAAAUGGGUCAAGGUUCUUCGGGUGCUUCUCGAAAGGUUCCAUUUUUGUUCCAAUUUUUUCAUCCGGACCGAGUGGAAUCGUUCGACGGUAGUUUGCUUUCCGUCGGAGAAACGGUAGAUUCCGAUCCGAGAUUUGAAGACGAUGCGAUUAAGGAGCUGGAAGGUAACAAGGAUAAAGGCGAUUUUCCUCGCGAGAGGAAGCUUAACUCGGUGAAUCUGAAAUUGCAAAGAGUAGAACAACGGUUGAGUAGCUUCGAGGAGAAUCAGCGCGGAAAUUUACGCGGUAAACGUGACGUAAAUGAUCAGAUAAGAGGCUUCGUUUGGCUUCCAUUGAGGAUCAGGCGGCUGGCUUCUUCGCGCGCUUCUUCCUCGGAUGAAAUUUCGAAGCAGGUUGUUUGGAAAACUGGUAUCGAGUCACGUUCGUCAAAUUCCAGAAAUCUCAUUGAAACACUCGAUAAGAAAUACCGAUUACGGAACAAUAAAGCGGCAAUAUUUGCUACGAAUAUUCGUCCAAUGAACACUCGAUCAAAGAUAAAAGCAUCGUUCGUAAUACCUGGAGGAAUCGUUAAUGUCCCCGGGCAAUUUAUCACCAUCAAUCCUCGAGCGUUACCGAGGAAUCGAUCACCCGACGAGGAAAAGAAACAGGGAAGCAAUUGUGGAGACGAGAACAGCUCUAAACAAUUACCGAACGUGAGCGAUAAUCGGUAUCGGAGGAGCCAACAGGAUUUUCUCGUGGUGGAGUCAAACGUAGGUCGAAACGCGACCAUUCCUGUGGGAACACCCUUCUUACCUCCCAUCAACUAUCCGCAAUUUAUGGGGGACGACAGCUGGCCGAGAGGAACAAGCACGAAUUCGAGAUCAACUCGAUCCUUCUGGGCGAAGGAUCGAGGUCGACGACCUCCGGACAACCGUGCCGUGCCACGUGGAAUUGCUAAAACCUUCGGCACGUUUUUUCGUAUCCGUGAAACGUUUAUGGGUUUUCUGAGAACCCUUGGAUUCUUUGUGCAAGUAGGCAGGGAACUGAUAGAUUAUGUCGAGUCCAAUACCGCACUGGCCUGCACCAAGGACUACUUAUGGGGCAAAGCUGUUCAGUGGAUUGAUUCUUGAAUUAAGUGUUUGAGAUUAGGUACCAUUAGUGAAGUUGAAGUUGAAGUUUCAAGUUAAAGCAUUCAAGAGCAUAUUCAAGGGCAUAUUGAGAUGAGACUGAAGUGUGAAUUGAGAGCAACAGUGUACUCUUUGUAAUACCGAUCUUCUUGGGGGACUUGAAAUGAACAGUUGUUUAAUAUUUCAUAUAGGAAAUGAAGAAUUGAUCUGUGCCAAGUUCAAAUUUUAUACAAUUUAUUUCUAAUUUUAAUAAAAGAUUUAUUUUUUAUCAUUAAAAAUCACUUUUCGCGAAUGAAAAUAAAAAUAGAACUUAUACAUCCUCUUCAUCUCCUAAUUGCUUGAUUAUAUUGAACUUAUAUUGCCAAUCAAUUGAUUCUUAUAACAGUCCACGUGUUAAGCGAAAUCUCCGAUAGAAUUCUCAUAAAGAAGGUAAAGUUGAUCGUAAAAACGUCUAUAAAACAGGGUGGAAACUUUGUUACCGUCGAAAAAUGUUCUCCUACCAAAACAGACCCCUGUUAAUGAGCGUCAAUUAGAGAAGCUCCCAAUAUAGGCGGCCGUGAUUUAUAAGUAGCUCGCACCGGAAGUGCAGUGAAGGUGCCGUAAAAGCAUCCAAUAAUCGUUAAUCCUUCGAUUCGUUAAUCCUGGCUAAGAUCGAUCGAUCGGUCGAUCGAUCAGCUAAUAUCGGACGUCUUGGAAGAGGAAUCGUUCGACCGUUUGCCAUGACAGGGCUCGGUAAAUGAGUCGCUGAUAACGCGGGCUGCCAUGGACGGUUCGGGGUUAGAAUUAAGAGGGGCAAUUGAUUCCCCAGAAACAGGUGUUCGUUGUAGUCGAUAGUGAGCAUCGCGAAUGAAUUUUUGAUGCCACCUGUUGCUGCAUCCAACUCUAUCUUUCCUUCUGUUUCUCUCUGCUACCCUUUCAAGCCGCAGUGCUUCUCGAGUUACUAUCAGGGAGUAACGACGAUUGGCUGGAAAAUGAAGCAACGUCGACAGAAAUGGUAAUAGUUAUUUGUUUAUUUAUAAAUAAGGAUAAAUGUAUAAAACAACAAUGAUUUAUUUUAAUAAAGUAUUCUAGACACCCCGCAAAUCAGGAUUCUCGAUGAAGCAUUCAGCCAAGAGCAUCCAUCGAGUACCAAUGGUUUACGGAUAACAAGAAUCAACAGCCCUCGAACGAUCGUCGUUGCACGAAUAAUUAUCUCAAGACAAAGGUUCUCCAUUUCGAUGGGAGAAAGAUAGGGAAGAAAAAAGAACAGUCCGAGAGGUGGUCGUUUUUAUGCAAUUAUCCAAGAGGUAAAUAAAUACUCGAUAUUAAUCGUAUUCCUUUGGUUCGUUAAACUCAUCGACGAUGCACCGGUAUUCGUUUCAUCAAGCCUUGAAUAGCGGAGAGGAUGGACGGAUGCUUGUGAAAGGAUUGAAAAGUCCUGAAUGGUCUCGAGAAAGAUCAAACACUGAGGGGUCGAGGCAUCAAAGGGACAAGGAGGUGGAUGAAAGGCGAAAUGAUAAGGGCAAGGAAAUAGGAACGAUCAUUUAUGUAGAACUCGCGUGAAACAACCCCUUUGCUUUUUUUUUUUUUACUCUCGAAAGACUUGUUGACAUUGUCUCGUGCAUAGAAGGAGGCGAAGCGACACGUUGAUUAAACGCAGUGAGUGCUCUGUAUGAGCAAACUGCAACGAGGAACGCGUUUAUUUCGACGGUAGCCCUCCUCGUUUGUCCUCGUAUUCAGCCCUGAUCUUACACAGAUUUUCGUUUACACGACCGCGUUUAUUUAGAACGACGGUACACGUCGCGCUGAUGAAUUUCCAGAACCUUGGUGAGAUUCUUUUUAGUGAGAUUCUGUGUGAACAAUCGCCAGCAAUUAGCGGGUGUUAGAUAAUUAAGGGGUUAAUCGACCUUUACUUCUGGAAAAUAGUUUGAAUUUUCGCUUGCUAAUUUUUUUUAUCAAUUAGGGGAAAUAUCAUCAAUAUUCGAUGAAAUUUUAUAAAUUUAUUUAUUACUUGUUCCUAUUUCCUGUAGAGGAAUAGGGAACGGAAGUUAGCUUAGGGGUAGCAAGAGUCAUCAUUCACUUCCACUGAUCCGCACUCGCAUUCGCAGUCGCUGGUACAUUCAAUCCACCCCAGAUACAGAAAGAAAAGAACCGCGUAAAUAUGUAUGGAGAACGCGUAAGAGGGUCGCUCUAUGACCCUGCAUUCAGAGAGCAAUUCAUUAUUAAGAACCUCUUAAAGACUGUCUUAAAGCGGUCCAACAUACUCCCUCCCAGUAAGUUAGGCUAUAGAAACAAAAACGAAAGAGACGCCGACGCUUUGGUGUCUUCUCAAGGAACCACACUUAUUUCCGGUUCCCUUUCAAGCCUCUCUGUCCCCGGUUUUCAGGUAUCCCAUUCACAACUCGAAUUCCUGUCGGUACCGCGAAGAGCAGCCUUUUAAAUAUGUAAUUCUUAAUCACGCGGCUGGCAUAGAACGUCGAAUGAAAAAAAAUCACCUUCUCACCCCCCUUUUUUAUACCUGUGUCAACCGUGCGCUUUUAUUCGCGAAUCUAUAUCACGUUCUUUCAUGUAUUGUGUACCUAACUCUUGUCGAACGAAUGAAUAGUCUUCCGACGAGCUUGUGGAUUUUUUCGAGGAUCGGAAUAAUUAGUCCUGCUCUCGCUCUCCUGAAAGGAGCGUUUAAGUAGGACAAGGGAAUUGCGGUUGGAAAUGAUAGGUCUAUAUUUGUAAGAAGAUUAAUUAUAAUUUAUGAUCAUGAGAGUUGAUGCAAUUUUCAAUCCAGAAGAAAUAUUCCACUUGAUAGAAGAAAUCCUAACUUCAGGACAUAAAUUCUAAAAAUUUGCGAGUCAGAAACAAUGACUCUCUUGAGACACGAGCCGAAGUGGAUGAUACUUGGUGGCGACGGUCGCAUGCGUUGGAAAUUCAUUUUUAUAAAGGCACAUGGAGCGAGAAGACAACGAUGAAGUGUGCAUUACAUGGGAAUAAAUUAAUAUAUUACAAUUCGAUAUAGUUGCCUGGAAACUUAUUUCAUCAGUACAAUAUGCUAUUUUUCACAAAGCGAACAGAAGCUUAAUUUUCAUGUUUCAUAAAGAAAAAAAAAUUUUUUUCUCGUAAUCGAAACACAAAACAUCCAUGUAAUUCAUGCUUGCAUGGUUCCUAGUCUGGUCUAUUUUGACGUAUAUUGAAAAAAUAAAAAAUUGACGGUAACUCAAAGCAUGCCAUAUGCGAACAUGAGUGAAUGGAAAUUAUUUGCAUUGUUUUCAUCGUACAGAAUGAAUUCCAUACAAAAAAGUGCCUUCAACAUUUUCACCUAUCAUUUCAAGAAAAAAUUAUCAACAGAUUGAAAUGUAUUAUACUUGGGUUAAUUAAAGAAGAAAGCAAGAUAAAAUAUAUCUUUCCCUGUUGAAAUAAAUUUUUCUCUCUCAUUAUAAUAAAAUCCAUCCACAACGUAGUUCGUGAUAAACGAAGAGAAAGAAAGAAAUAAAACUGAAUCGAUUGAAGGUAUCUGGAUUAACUGUUCGAUGAGCUCCGGAAUUUAAUAGCGGCAGCUAUCGCGACGGUGAACGAAAGAAAAAGAUCAAAAGCCGGAGCGACGGAUAUGAGAAUCUCUCGAUGAAGAAUGGCGGAAAAUAAUAUGGUUAUCGAGAAUUCCAUAGAUCUGGAACAUCCAUGAGCACGACACGAGCGUUAAGGUUCUGCUCGUUGAAAGGUGGAGGGCCUUGCACGAGGAACGUGUCUGAGAACAAAAGGGGGGUGUUUCUCGGCAAAUAGGGUGACGAGUAGACGACAAAGCGUAAUACGCCGGGCAAAAUCGAGAGAGAACCUUACACGAUGGAGCUUGCUGAUACGGUUAAUACCAUGCGACACAGAGGAAUGCGAUUUUCCUCGAGACGAGAAGCCUGGGAAACAGCUAUCUCAAAGAUGACGAGGGCGUAAGAGGCGAGGACGAAUGAUAACUCGAUAGAAUGAACGCGUACAAGUGAGCGACGUGCCUCGUGAAAUAAUUCGAUUACCAUUUGAUCUCCAUAAUUUACUGCUAUCUGUUAUUUUCAUUCACCAACCCCCUCUGAUUUAUCUAAUGGAUUCAUAGUUCAGCGAACGCUGCCACGUAUUCGAGAUAGUUUCAUUUCUUUCUGUAAUAAAUUCCAUUCGAUUCAAUGUAUCGAGGGCGCAACGAAAUAACGAGAUAACACCAUAAAGAAUAUAAUAGCAGUAUUUACAUGAGAUUGUUAUGCCAUUCUAUCGAAAUGGCCACCUGUUGUGGGUGACAUGCGCCGAAUCGGGCUCGACGACUAUGCUCUACCUGUUCGUUCUCGUCAAACAAACCGUUUGCAUAGUGUUAAUUAACCGUUUCACCGUUCGCCACCCGUUCUCACAAUCAUCUAAAUCGUUCGCAAUGGAAAUACGAUUACCCUUGAAAAAGUCCCAGCCUUUCUGGCGAAUUAUUUGUCUUCAUAAUUGAUGGAGUUAGGAAGUUAGCAAGUGAAGCAAUUUAUAUAUUUCCUGAAACGUUGUGAAUUCCUUGUUGUCUCUCCGUUCCGUUCCAUGACCUACUAAACGCAACGAGAGAUUAAUUAACUUUAACUUUCUGCUAAUUACUUUCAACUGUGGAGACUAAAUGGAAACGAACACCUUGCAUUACCGAGUUUUUGUCAUUCAGUACUUAAACAUUCAUAUUCAACAUUUGAAAUAUGAAUUUAGAAUUACAAAAAAGAAAAUGGAAAAAAGACACACGUUAUUUUCAACGAGAAU